CCUUGUCCACCAGCAGCACAGUGCGCCAGGCAGCCAGAGCACAGGCGUGGGGGCUCACCGGGGAGCGGGCACGACACAGCGGCAGCGGCGCGGAGCGGCAGCGGCGCUACUUCUCCCAGAAAAGACGGUCGGUUCUCGGUGAGGGAGAACCCGUUUGAGACCCGAGAGGGCUCCAGGGGUACUGUUCAUUUUGUCUGCUGUGGAAAGGAAACUCCUUCACGGCCACAUUUAGGAGUACCGUACCCGGCGUUGGGGAAGAGGGGAGAGAGAUGCAGUUCCAGUCCGACUCGGCGCGCCGCACAGUCCGCCGCCGAGGCUGGUGAUGCCCGCUGAGCGGGGAUCACCGCCCAACAGCAGCAGCAGCAGCAGCAGCGGCAGCAGCAGGAGGAGGAGGAGGAGGAGGAGGAGCAGGAGGAGGGGGUCAGGACAACAGGGCGUCGGGGGGCCGGUGAUGAGGAUGGUAAGGUCGGGAUCAUGGCAAACGGAACCGGUACUAUUAUGUUAAAAUGCGUCGUGGUUGGAGACGGUGCAGUGGGGAAAACGUGUCUUCUGAUGAGCUAUGCCAAUGACGCCUUUCCAGAGGAGUAUGUGCCCACAGUCUUUGAUCAUUAUGCAGUGAGUGUCAACGUCGGUGGAAAGCAGUACUUGCUGGGACUGUACGACACAGCUGGCCAGGAGGACUACGACCGCCUCAGGCCGUUGUCCUACCCUAUGACUGAUGUCUUCCUCAUCUGCUUCUCGGUUGUAAACCCCGCCAGUUUCCAGAAUGUGCGUGAAGAAUGGGUGCCGGAGCUGCAGGAGUACGCACCCAGUGUCCCCUACCUGCUCAUUGGCACCCAGAUUGACCUUCGUGAUGACCCCAAGACUAUUGCCAAACUGAACGAUAUGAAGGAGAAGCCCAUCGCCACCGAGCAGGGACAGAAACUAGCGAAGGAGAUCGGUGCAUGUUGCUAUGUGGAAUGUUCAGCUUUGACCCAGAAGGGCCUGAAGACGGUGUUCGACGAGGCCAUCAUCGCAAUCUUGGCUCCCAAGAAAAAGAAAGGCGCUCUGAAGAGAAGACUGGGACCCCGCUGCAUCAACUGCUGUCUGAUCACGUGAUACGUAAACCUGCAGAUCAUUCAGCAACCAACCAUAAACCAAACCUGGACUGUAGGCAAAAGACAAGAAGAGAGGACUGAAACGGACAAAAGUCAAGAGCUACUUUUAAGCUGCAGGGCUCUUGAAAGGCCAUAACUCUCUCCUGCUGUCUGACACGAGUUGAGGAUCAGUUUACUACCAAAGGAGCACAAAACCCAAGUCAGUCUCUUCUUCAAAAGACCUUUUUUGCCUCCAAAGUACCUUCUUUUAUAACCAUUUUUAAUCAUGUUUCCUGUACAAAAUUGUUGUAAGCUGUCAUACAGAAAAAAAAUGACAUAACAGUUUUCGGAGAAAUGAUACAUUUUAAAGAAUUCAUAAUACUUCUAUGGUUUAGAAAGCUUGAUUAUUGAUUUGUGAAUCUCUCAUUAUAAGAGCAGAUGCCCAAAUCAGGAGAGAGAGCCUGCAGCUGAUGAAUAAUGAGAGGCUGACUUACACUGUGACAGUGGCCGGGAUACAGGUUUUUUUUGUUUUUUUUCAUUUAAAAACCUGUGCUACAAAGACUCAGUUGGCCCACCGAGUCUGUCUACAAUUAUUUGUCAGUUGAGGAUCUGCUGAUGAUGAAAUGUGGUUCGUUCAACACUUUUUGGACCUUGGACUGUAUCAUUUUAAAGUUUUAGAGUCUUGUUUUUGCCUUAUGAAAACCCCAUUAUUUUAUAGUGUGGCAUGCCAAAACAUACUGUAAGUUAGGACCGGGGUGGAGGUCUUCAUCAGGAACUGAAGAGGUCUAUUAUCCAUUUAAAAAAAUGUAUAUUAUCCAGAGUUUAUCAUUCUAUAUCUCUAAAAGAGAGAUGAUCUAGUCUGUGCAAAUAUUAUUUUGUCAACCGAUAGCUUACGUUUUUUCCUUUUUGAUUUUGUUAUCCUGCAAUAAUGUGUUAUCCUUUUAUCACCUUUAAGAAGGUUUAGAAGAGAGAAGAAGAGGGAUCUCAUUUUAGAAAUGAAACUCUGAUUCAUAUCCUACAUCCAAAGAAUCAUAUGCACACUUUCAUCAAAUUCAGGUGGCUAAGGUGACCCAAUACUGUAUAAUGUACUGUCUAAUGCACAACAUGAAGCACACACGGCGCCACUUCAUUUCCCAGCACUACAAAGCACAUUCCUCUGCUUUUAAAAAAACGCUGUCCCUCCCCCAGAAAAGGCUGAUUGAAGCACAGAAGAUGCACACUGUCCCAUCAGGCACAAGCAUGAGCACAGCACACCAUUUUACCGGCACAAUCAUAGUGAAUGGCUGCCAUUUGCACCAGCUGUUCAUGAGUUCACACUUGGCUACAGCACCUUUACGCUAGUUCUUUUGUUUAUAUUAGUUGUUUAUAAGCAGCUACACAUCUGCCAGACGUAGCCGUUAGCUUAAAGUGAACCAGCUCGUAGAGAUAAUGUUAGCUAAGACAGCAAAGCUAUUAAGCUAAUACACUAUGUUUAACCGUUUUGCAAAGAAAAAGAUUUGAAUUCCAAAAUGUUAAAGCUAAUUGUGAACUGACAAGCUAAAUGACAUGGUUUUUUUUAGCAUAUUAAGGUAAAUUCCAAGUCAUUCUUCCACAGUCUCUGACAAACAUAUCUCCCCCCUGUACGCAUGUAUAAAUAAAGCUGCAUUGAGCAUGAGCACUUAAGUUUAAAAGGGCUCCAUGGAACUUCUGUGUCCUGUUGGAAAAUGAUAUUUUUAGCUGUUUUUAGCUUUUUUGCUGUUAUUUUUUUAGCUCUUUAACUCUGUUUCUAAACUAACAUUAGCUGCUGUUGCUCUCUGCUGGUGAAGCAUAGAGAGGUGCUUGAGGACGUGCAUAAAGUCACAUCCUUUGGACUGUCAUGGAGAAUCUAACCAGAGUCCUUCACAAAGAAAUCUCCAGUCCAGCAGCUUUAAACAACAACUUAUUUUUGGCAUAAUUUUGCAGGCCUUCAUGCUAGAAUGACUUUGUUACAACCUGAUUUAGUUAAAUCCUUUUCCAACUAGUGGUCUCUAAGAGCUUAGGAAAGACUUUAUGCGCACACAUAGCAAUGGAUUUAUGAAUAGCUGGUGCAACCAAGUAUGAACCCUUGAAUCCAGUUUCAAAAUUCUAAGAAUAUAAUUACCAUGUUCGAUGUGAUAAGGUCUUCACCGGACAGCUGUGAAGGGUUGUAUAUAAUGUGGAGACAACAUUAUAGUUUGAUCUCAAACAAUGUACCGAUCCUGUUUUAAUAUAAAUAUGCAUUGAUCCAUGUAACAUAGUCAACUUCUGCAACACUUCAAACUGAAAUUGAGAAAACAUGUGAAGUUCGCCAGUACUUAAGAGUGUCGUUUAAAUACUUAUGAGCCACCAAAACAACUGUAUGCAACAAAGGUUUGAAGCCCACCUCUGUAAUACUGUGGGUAGUAACUUGAGAUUGUGACUGAACUUUAUCUUGCAAGCCAAACAUCCGAUAUCUUUUUGUUUUCAUGCAUUUCUUAUUGGCUUUUUUUUCUUCUGAAGAUAUUAAUCAAAGGUGCCAACUCUUGCUAAAUGACUACGGUUCGUUUCUAUGGCCAGAGUCAGAUAUGAUGAUUGAUUAAAGCUUUAAUGUAAAUGGUGCUCCUCCCUUCUGUCCCAGCCUGCGUUGUAUAAAGUGUGUUUGUGUUUGAGCAGCAGGGUGGAUUGCAGGGUGAACGGUCCUCCUCUCGCUCAGACAGUUUUGCUUGCUUAACGUUGUGUGAAGGUCCAGCCUCAGGAUCCAGGACCUAAGUGCCGCAGCCACCAAUGCAUUCUCCCAUUGAUGCUCCUCUCUUCUCAAUAAAUGUGUUUACUGUGUUAAUAAGCCGG